CGUGGAGAAAUCCCAUAGAAAAUUACCACCGUAGGCGUAGCAAAACAUCGAACAAGUGUGUAGUGUUCAUUACAUUAUUUCCAUUUGUUUAUCGCCAUUUUCUGCCUCUAAUUUCCAAUCUCGAUUCCAUUCCAUUCACCUCCAUCUUUUUGAACAACUCAAAAGUAAGAAGAAAAAAAAAGGAAGAAAAGGGGACUCGCUAACCGUCUCUCUCAUAUUGCACCAGAUCUAUUCGGUUUCAUCGCAUUGUUCAUUCACAUUUUUCACAUCUCAGAAGAAAGAGCGCGCGAGAGAGAGAGAGAGGUUCCGGUAUGGAAGAGAAGCUGAUAGGGAGGUUGGAAUCGGCAGUGGCGCGUUUGGAGGCGCUAUCCGUCGGAUUCCAGGGAGGAGGAGGAGGUGGCGACGUCGCUGAUGCGGCCACGGAUCCGUCCAUUAUUGCCUUCGAUGAUCUCAUGGGACAGUACGUGGCUAGGGUUUCCGCCGCUGCAGAGAAGAUCGGUGGACCGGUCCUGGAGGUCACUAAGGUCGUGCAAGAAGCUUUUGCUGUUCAGAAACAGCUCUUGAUUAAGGUCAAACAAUCUCAGAAACCUAACAAUGCUGGCCUUGCUGAGUUUCUAAAACCAUUGAAUGAUGUUAUCACGAAAUCUUCUGCGAUGACGGAAGGAAGGAGAUCUGAUUUUUUUAAUCACCUGAAGGCCGCUGCUGACAGUCUCACAGCUCUAGCAUGGAUUGCAUUUACAGGGAAGGAUUGUGGUAUGAGUAUGCCCAUUGCACACGUGGAAGAAAGUUGGCAAAUGUCUGAGUUUUACUGCAACAAGGUGCUUGUAGAAUAUAGAAACAAAGACCCAAAUCAUGUUGAGUGGGCUAAAGCUCUGAAAGAGUUAUAUCUACCUGGUUUGAGAGAUUAUGUCAAAGGCUUUCAUCCUUUAGGCCCUGUCUGGAGUCCAACAGGAAGCACAAUUGCUCCAUCAAAAGCUCCUGCACCUACUGCUCCUGCUGUUCCUCCUCCUCCACCUGCUUCUCUCUUUAGUUCUGAAUCAUCUCAAACUUCAUCUUCUAAGCCAAAAGUGGGGAUGUCCGCUGUUUUUCGAGAAAUCAGCACUGGGAAUGUCACCUCAGGUUUGAGAAAGGUAUCAGAUGAUAUGAAGACCAAAAAUCGCACAGAUAGAACUGGAGUUGUUGGCAGUAGUGAAAAGGAAAGUCGUGCAGGUUCACGUGCAUUUUCUAAAACAGGACCUCCUAAAUUCGAACUUCAGAUGGGCCGCAAAUGGGUUGUUGAGAAUCAAAUUGGGAAAAAAGACUUGGUCAUUGAAGAUUGUGAUUCAAAGCAGUCUGUAUAUGUGUAUGGAUGCAAAGAUUCGGUUUUGCAGAUUCAAGGCAAGGUCAAUAACAUAACCAUUGAUAAGUGCACGAAGAUGGGAGUUGUAUUCAAGGAUGUUGUUGCAGCUUGUGAAAUUGUAAACUGCAAUGGGGUUGAGGUGCAGUGUCAGGGUUCCGCCCCAACAAUUUCUGUGGAUAACACAUCUGGCUGCCAGCUUUACCUGAGCAAAGAUUCAUUAGAAACAUCCAUAUCUACAGCCAAGUCAAGUGAGAUCAAUGUGUUGGUACCUGGUGCUGAGCCUGAUGGUGAUUUGGUGGAGCAUUCUUUGCCACAACAAUACAUUCAUGCCUUCAAGGAUGGUCGUUUUGAAACAACUCCAGCUUCUCACUCUGGAGGUUAAAUUGAUCGACAGUUUGGGCUUCCUAUUUAUUCUCACGUCAUUUUAUUUAUUGGAUUACUUUGGGAGUGGGUUCAAUUUGUUGUUUCCUUAAUUCAUUUUUCCAAUGCAAUAGUAUAUAUAGGUGUUUUGAUCGGCUGCCUUUGCUUGUGAUUUUCGAUUGGCUUAUUGAAUCAUUGGAAACAUUCAUUAGAUUGUGUGGCAGAGUUUGCUCCUGCUUGAAACUGUUUCCUGUGAGUUGUAUUAUGUUUUUUAAUUUAAGUUUUCAAAAGAUCCUUGCAAGAAUGCUUUCCUUUGUAUUUUGUUUAGUUGUCAUGUUUGCGAUUUGUCUA